UACUCAUUGGCUCGAGCGUUGCCAGGACUCGGAAAAGAAACAUCACCGGUAGAACUAUCCAAUAAAUGUACCGAUCCGAGGAUACGUCAGCGUUUUAAUAUUUAAUAACAUACUUCAACGAAAACCAAUUCAAAACAACGGACAGGAAUUGUCGAACGAGAGACAGUUUUUUACUCAAUUCAUACUCCAAAAAUCGCAUAUGGAGUCUGCAUCAAUCCCUUGCCACACAAUUUAAGUUCCUUUUCUGCUGUGCUGCCUCCCUUCCUACAGCAAGCAUGUCUUCGAGGCACGUCUCGCAGCUCCGAAAAUGGAUGCUGGCCUCGCCGCCUAUUGAAUGGGGUAUCGAUAAGCUGAGAGAGUUACUCAUUGGCGCAUUGCGACAAGGUCCUAUUCCUCAACAUGUGGCAUUCGUGAUGGAUGGAAACAGGCGAUUUGCGCGGAGUCAUAAGAUAGAGACAGUGGAGGGACAUAAUCUGGGAUUUGAGGCUUUAGCAAGGGUUUGGCUUCCUGCAAUAUGGCUGAUGUCCCUGUGCUAAUGUAGUGUCUAGAUACUGGAAGUUUGCUAUAAGUCUGGAGUGAAAGUCGUUACGGUUUACGCAUUCAGUAUUGAGAAUUUUAAACGCUCGAAAUACGAGGUGGAUGCUCUCAUGGAAAUGGCAAAGGUUAAGCUGGUACAAUUGGCGCAACACGGGGAUCUUCUGGAUAGGUAUGGAGCCAGCGUUCGAGUUCUUGGUCAGAGGAAUUUGGUCAAAGAUGAUGUUUUGGAAGCUAUUGAUAGAGCUGUGGAGAUGACGAAGAACAAUGGAGAGUAAGUUGCGUUAUAUCGAUGCUACUGGGUCAGGGAUUCUAACACUCUCUUAGUUGCGCACUCAACAUCUGCUUUCCAUACACAUCUCGAGAUGAAAUCACAACCGCAAUCAAGACUACGGUGGAAAACUACUCAAAACCUACAUAUACACAACAGCGACCAUUCUCGCAGACUCGAAUUACGCAAAAGCUCAAGUCACGGAACGUCAACUCAGUAUCAAAUCCAGAUCUGAGAGAAAGCUCACCUACCCCUUCAAAUAGAUCAGAACCAGACGAAUCCGUGUCAUCCUCCACAACCCUGAACCCCGAGUCAUCGACAACAAGUAGCCCCGAAGCUGGAGUGUUUCCCGACCCCGAACUUAUAUCUGUAGACACGCUUGCUGAAAACCUAUUCACUGCUGGAGAUCCUCCUUUAGACCUCUUAAUCCGAACCAGCGGAGUGAACAGACUAAGCGACUUUAUGUUAUGGCAAUGCCAUGAGGAUACGGAGAUAGUUUUCUUGGAUUGUUUAUGGCCCGAAUUUGAUUUGUGGCAGUUUUUACCGGUCCUGGUAGAAUGGCAAUGGAAACAGAAGCAUGUGGAAGAGAAGGCACAGGGCAAUGGAAUAAAAGCAUCGAAUAUUAGAAGUCGUUAGAUAUCCAGGGAAAUUUUGGAGCGGGAAAGGACCUUUAAAAGGGAUUCGGGAGUUUUUGAAGUCAUCUUUUUUCAACGGAUAACCUACUGAUAAUAGAAAGUUUGAAGGCUGGUAAUGAAAAGGUUGUCUAAUAUAUUCUCCUAAAAGCAGGAAGAUGUAUCUAGAGGUUUUACUAGAUACAAUCGUCUCAUCAAAAGUAGCAUAAUUUGUAGGUAAGAGCCAGUAGAAAGAAUACCUACCUAUCAUUGCAUCUACUACUGACAUACAAUG